AUGUCUCUUCCGCUCCUUGUCAUAUCUUUCUUGAUAUGCUCUCUCCAAGCAUUUUCCGUCUCCGCGCAGAAUCAUACGUGGCCAUGGCAAACCUAUAAAUCUAGUUCGUCCGAGCCUCCAUUACUUAAUAUCACCAAAUCCGGUCCUACGUCUCCUGGGUACCUGUUUUUCGAUCAGAAUGGGGAGUACGCGCACAACUACAGCCUUUUCAUCAUGUCUGAUGACAACGAACUUAUUUGGCAAAGCGGAUAUGGCGACUACGGUGCUUUCAGGACCCAAAAGUUCGAGGGCAGACCGGUAUUAACUUUCUUUAAUGGAGUCUCGCUGGCGGAACCCUAUGGAUGGGGCCAUGGAAUUAUUCAGAUUCUUGAUGACUCUUAUACAAGCAUCUACAAUGUUUCCUUAACAAUAGAUGAUGGAAACUUUUUGACCAUACCCGAGCUUGAUCCCAGCCAGAUUACGUCCUAUCUCGAUAUGCACGAGUCCCGGAUCACAGCCCAAAACACCAUCCUUGUAACAUUAUACAACGUUACGAGAUACGAUCUAAGCUCUUGGAGCGCCCUAGACCAUAUCGACCAGGUUCCUAUUUCUGAUGUCCAGCAGUUCUAUCCUGUUGCGGAUUUUGGCAAGAACCAAUCUCUUCCGUACGGUUACUUCCACAUCAAUUCGGUAGACAAGUUUGAAGACGGAUCAUACUUAAUCUCUUCAAGGUACUACUGCUCAAUUUUCAAGGUCUCGAAAAACGGUACCGUUGAAUGGACACUACAGGGCCAAACCGGCGGAGAUUUUCAGCUUGACGGUCGACUUUCCUUCUGUUACCAACACGAUGCCCGUAUUCGACAAGAAUUAGGGAAUACAGUUCAGAUUAGCCUCUUUGAUAACGCAAACUCUGAGAUCGUUUCUGGUAUAAAUCAAACUAAAGGCGUUUUCCUGACCUUGAACACGGAAACUAUGAAGGCUACGCUCGACCAAGAAUAUUUUGACCCGCGGGACGCGAUAUACGCCUUUUCCCAAGGAAAUCUUCAGCAGUUAGAAGACGGGCACGUUAUUAUGGGGUAUGGGUCGACACCGAAAAUCAGAGAGUUCAGCCCGGAUGGCGCUACCUUGAUGACCGCGCAGUUUGGCCCCGGGGACGGCCUCAUCUUUUCUUAUCGUGCCUAUCGUCUCCCGUGGAUUGGCCGCCCCAAGUCACCUCCGAGCGUCCUGGCUUGCAGGAAUGAAGCUAGUAAUAGUACUGCAGUAUAUAUGAGCUGGCUUGGUGCUACAGAGCACAAGUCUUGGGUGGUUUUUGCAGGAGAUGACAACUCUACUCUCACUCUAACAUCACAGGUAGAGAAGACCGGGUUCGAAACAGUAGCAACUAUACCCGGCCAGGCUCCCUUCAUCCGUGUCGAGGCACGAGGCGUGGGUAUCACCGGCGGAAUUUCUCACGUAGUGUCGCCUCAAAGCAGCUGCUGAUUCUGAACAGUACAGCGCACUGACUGGAAAUCCCUUGGAGUACUCUUUUAUGAGCCUCCUCAUUCCUAGCUCAUACGGGUUGGGUGUAGUACGAAGGACAGCAGAUGGUAACAUCUCACUGCGGCGUCAGAUGGAAAUGGAUAUCUUUCCUGAGCCCUGAGUGG